UUCAGUUCCCAUGACAACGACAAACUCAAAUUGUUUCAUUUCCUGAUCUGGGGUUAUCAUCAGGCAUCGAGAUGCCGCAUUUGAAGCAUUCGAAAAAAGUCGAACCAUUGUGGCACACAUGGGACUACAAAGCUCAAAAGAAGGGGCUUCGACACACUGUUUAUUCUGUUAAUGGUGAUCAAUACACUGGCGAAUGGGACGAUAACAAAAAACAUGGAAAAGGAACAAAACUUAACAAGGUAGAUGGUAGUAUAUAUGAUGGUGAUUGGAAAAAUGGAAAGCGAUCUGGAUUUGGCACUCUUAGUUAUCCUCAUAAAGCAUCCGCAAAAUAUAAUAAAACAUACUCAGGAGGGUGGAAAAAUGACAUGAAACAUGGUUAUGGAACUUAUUUUUAUACUGACUCUGAAUAUUAUGAAGGGGAAUGGACAGCUGACCAGAGAUCAGGAUGGGGUAGGAUGUAUUAUAAAGAUGGAUCAAUUUAUGAAGGAGAAUGGAAAGAUGAUAAACAAUCUGGGAAAGGAAUGUACAGACUAAGUACAGAAAAUAGAUAUGAAGGAGAAUGGAGAAAUGGAAAGAAGAAUGGACGAGGAAAAUUUUACUAUCUAGAUACCGGCCAAGUGUAUGAAGGAGUUUGGGUUGAUGAUAUUGCAAAAUGUGGGACAAUGAUAGAUUUUCUAAGGGAAAGUGCACCAUCACCAACAACUUAUCCAAUACCAAAGGUUGAACUUGAAGACUCUGCCAAUGUGCUUGAGGAAGCUGAGAACACUUUUCUGCCAGAUGAAUGAUAACAUAUGAUCUCUUCUAAAGACGUUUCAAUUUUCCUAUGCACUGUAUACAACUACAGUGCAGUGCACUAUCACUGUUUUAUAAAAUCAAAUACUUUUGUUAUGUACCUUUUUUUUUAUCAACACAGCCUAAUAAAAAAGGAUCUUCAUUUGGUGCGAGAUAAACACACCA